CAUGUCAUUCAUCCCAGUACCGCAGGGCAGUUAACUUGACGAUUUGCAAUUGAUCACACUUGGCGUGUAUACCUUGUAAACAUUGUUUUCUCCUAACCCAUCAGUUGUUCGCUUUGAGAAGAUAAUGCGAUCUUGAUUUUAAAACAAUCAUUGUAGGUUUGUGUUAGAGAGAAUACUUCAAACAAUGUUUCUGUAAACGGAUUGAUGAUUAUAUACUAAUAUGUUUAAAAUGUAAAUACGACAUACGAAAAUUUGAGAUGGAUACACAAAGGCGGCGUUACAAGAAAAAUCCUGGAUCUGGUACUGAAGGAUACUUAAACCAGCUUCGACUUUCGACGUUGUAUUUCUCUCGCCUAGCUGCAAGUGGCAAUCGAUUUGAGAUUGGUGUGGAAGUAGCAUUGGCUGGAAAAUUCGACGAUAUAGUAAUGCAUCUGCUAGAUGUGGAUCAGUAUUGCUUGGUGCAGGCUAAACAUAAGCAAGACGAAUCGAAGCGCAUCAUUAUGGAUGAUCUACUGAAAACGACUACCGAAUAUAGCUUGCCGAAAUAUUUUGAUUCGUUUCUCUUGCUGAAGCAAGAAGGAAUGUUCCAGGGUGAACGCCUUAAGUACAUUGUUAUCUACACCAACCUCAAGGUGGACGAAAACGUCAUGAAAGUAAUCAAACCCGUUGAACCAGCAACGGACGAGUUUCUUCGCACGCUAAACGUACGCUGCAGAGGCAAAGAAUCGUCGCUCUAUCGCUUCAAUACUGAGUGCACUGACUUUAUUGAGCAGUUAAUUGAUCGCAUUUCGCCAAUCUGUGAGGUUGCGCGAAAAUUAGCAGAACAGUUGAUUCAACGUAAAAAAAUAUCGAUAAAUCCAAAUGGUAUAUUUCACGAAUUUCAUGCAUUACUUGUACGCGACGUAUUUGACAUAGAACGGCAAUUGUUUCGAGAAACGUUUCUUGCGGAUGAUAAAAGGAUUUGUCCGUAUGUGAAAAAGUUUAGAUUUUUGCUUGAGCGAACGCUACGAUCUAUUUUGAAAUGCGAUGAUUUUAACAUUAAUGAUCUUAAUAGAACAAUAGUCAGUGGAAAGCUGAAGCUACUCUUUGAACCAGGGUUCUUAUGCAAACCCAUUAACCAAGACAUAGCAGUAAAGGAUUGGAAAGACUACAGAGUGCAACGAGAAGAAGUGAUACAUUUUUUCGACCAUCUCUUACUAGCCACAGACCAGCCAAACUUUAUUGAGCUGGAAGCAAUAACAAAAGUGGAAGUGUUUGGGUUAAAAGAACAAGUGGAUGAGUAUAUGCGCGCAGUGUUCGAUCAAGUGGAUCGGUGGAUACGAGAUACGGAGGGACAGUUUCUCAAUGGCAACGACUGGGAACGAAUUUGUAGUAAUUCACGUGCUCGUAUUGCGGGUAAAAAGUGGUUACUCAAAUCGGAAGAGUAUCAAAAAUCGAAUCCUGCAACAGGGUACGUGUUUGAACGAAAUACCCUUCUUGCUCCUAUAGAACAGUUUUUGGCUACAUCGAAAAAUCAUAAUAUGCUAGUAUUAGCUGCAUAUAAUGCUGAAGUGAGCGCUUCCAGAGUGUUACAAGCAUUGAUGACGUUGCAAGAACAGUUUGUAGUAUUUGAUGCACAUUUUCACGAUUUUGAAGAACUUGAAUGCUGUACACUGUUUUUGAAAAACAUGUCUCGUAAGGUAAUAGUGAUCGUGUCAAAUGACAAGUGUUGUCGUUCAGCUAUUAGAAAUGUAUGGCAUAAGUUUAAUGUACUGACCAAUUUGAAAGCUAUCUACAUUGCUUGUGAUGUACAGAAGGAGUUUUUUUCUGAGAACAUAAAGUAUGUACAUUGCGAUCGAUUUGAGCUUUGCGACAUGAGUCAAAAAUCGCGUCAAAAGUUGCUUGAUAAGAAAAUCGUACUACAACAUCGUGAAGUUCGUUUAACUGAUUUGUUGUCCGAGGAGAUCGCACUACGUCUUUUGGACAUGGAGUUCAUUUCUCAAUUGCUAAUGAAUCAGGUAGAUCCUAUAGCGUACAGUUUUAAGUAUCAAUGUCAACUUAAGGGGCAAUAUUUUGCUCGAAAACUGGCUAGUAAUAACAGUGUAGUAGAUGAAACAGAAUUUGAUCAGCUGUUAACUAACAAUAGGGCAGUGAUAUUAUCGAAUGUUCCAGGCAUGGGAAAAACUACCUUCCUGCAAAAGUUCAUUGAUCGCUUAUUUACCACCCUACCAGAUCAUGUCAUAUGUCUUAUGCAUUUAAAGUUUUACACCGAAACUCUAGAAGAAAUUACAAAAUUGAACGCCAGUACACUCAGUGUGGAAGAUGCCGUAAAACACGUUACUAAGUGUUUUUUCGCCGCGGGUACUCGUUUUGGACAAGUACUGUUUCGUAAUGCCAUCCUAAAUACUGGGAAAUUGAUCGUAUUGGUCGACGGAUAUGACAGUGUCAUUAAUCGCUACAGAAUUUCUGUCGAAAAGGCAUCUCAGCUGUUUCUCCAACAUCCUUUUCGUAUGCGAAAUUUAUUGAUCGCAACACGACCUCACGAAACAGAUCAUUUACGAGCAGCGCUACCUCAAGCACGAAUCGUGUCGUUACUACCUUUCGAUGAACCGCAGUGCGUUGCUUUUUUAACCAGAUGGUGGAACUUUGAUAGUCAUUCAGCGGCCGUGAACUUACUUCAGUACUUGCGUUCUAGAUACACUGAUUGGAUCGUGGGAAAUCCAUUUCAGAUAAAGCUUUUAGCUGAAAUAUACGAAGAAGACAAAACAAUAAUAGCCAAUUUUGGUGCUCUACUAGAACGUUAUUUGGAGAAACAGUUUUAUGAAUCAAACCAACGUGCCAUACAGGUAAUGGGCAUCGGGCAACAACGGAUGGCUGCCGAAACGUUGAAACAAGCAGCUCACGAUGGGCAUUGUGAAGUUGCUGCAUUACUCACCUUUCACCCUGAGCAAACGAUCGACAUGUCGAAAUUUGGUUUCCUUCUUGAUAUAGGAUUGGUAGUGCUUGAGAACAAUUUGCUGAGGUUCGAGCACCGUUUGUUUCGGGAUUAUUUUGCUGCAGAAGCCUUGAUGCAAGGUAAAACGGUCGCUUACGGUUCUGAGCAGUUAAGGCAAAUUUUAGAAGAUCAACAUAAUGGAUACCUGAGUAAGCUUCUGAUGUACCAUCUGGGUAAAACAAAAAAUGCACACUAUCGCGAGCAUUUCCGGAACUUUACAGUCAAUCAAGGACAUCGUAUCACAUCCGGCAGCCGUUAAUCAAACCAAAGACAAAUGAGUACAUAAAUUUUAGCUCCCUUCGUCUCGCUCACCUACAUGCUAUGACUUUAUACUACUAGUGCGCCAACAAAGUAGGAUGUGGUAUUCCAAGUACUAUUUCGUCGGAACGGAUGAUCAAUAAACUGUAUAAAGAAAUUUUCAUGUCCUUCUUAAUGGCAACAUCAAUCAUUUCGAAAGGAAUUUUCUAAUUACAUCGCUCUACGUGUACCGGCAAUUAGUGCACAAAUGCAUACUGAGCAUGGAUGAAAAUAGAUAACGAAAAGAGAAAGGCAUAAGAAAAUUGGAGGCACAGAGACAGGAUGUAGCCCUACAGUGUCGAAAUGGUGUGUUGUAUGACUGCAGCGGAUCUGAGAAGGUAUGCAGUUAUCACUGUACAGUAGUUGCUAGAAGCUUCUUCGAGGUUAUCGGUAAGGUGAAUUGUUGUUCUCAUUAAGAGCAUUGCUCACACAAUGCAGCAACAACAGUUAAUACUUUGAUAAAUUAUGUCGUUCUUUAUACGAUAAACGACUGAAGUUGUCUAGAAGGAGAAAUUCAUUAUCGGGUAAAAAAUCAAGUCAUGAUAUAUCUUUGUAUCGUAUAAUUCGUAAUGUCUUAAGUAAGGAAAAUGGCAUGAAACGAAUAACACAUUUUAAUUGGACAUGAAAUCGGUUGACGUGUUAUUUACAGUCCUAUCAUAAUUGACAUUUCAAUUGUGCUGAUAAAUACAACGGCUACGCUACAUAUGUAUACAUAGAUACAAAUAUAUCCAUUAAAAGUAAAAGUUUUCAAACCCAUAAGUCAAAGUUCAUAAAGUAAACAUAUACAUAAAUAUCCAUACAGAAUACAUAUUCAACAAUUCAUCCAUGAAACAUGUUUAACAAUCCAUGAAGUAUACAUAUCCAACAAUGCAUUGAAAAAUAUGCAAUUCCGCCCCGAGCUCAUAGACAUGAGAUGGGGAAUCAGAUCCCUCGUUCUUCCUAGGUUUGCAAAGGUUGAAAACCACUACAUAGCGAUACAGAGUUCAUUCCCCGUAUGGACCUAGCCACUCAUACGUAUAAUAAAAUGAGAUAUGUGCAUUAAUUCAUGUCCAUAUUAUUAUUUGUUUACAGAACAAUUCAUUGUGCUGUUUUAUUCGAAGAGUUUAACAAUUUUAUUUGAUUGUAUCAAGUUAUUCAGUGAUAUUUACUAUAUUCAACUUGUUAUAUAACCUUAUAUAAAAACAUAUUAUGUCUUAACCGGAAAACAUAAUGCUCUAUCCGCAAAUUACUUUCCACAUUGUUUUAGCAGUGCAUUUUUUUUAUAUAUUUGCUAUUAGUUCAAAAAGGCAAAGUUUUAAUGUUUUGACUCGAUGCAUUCGCUGCGGUUACAGAAUGUGUUGUUUUAGCAUUCUGAAUUAUGUUGCUUCGCAUAAAAAUUACAAGGCAAAUAGUUUUUCGCAUAAUGACAUUAUCGCAUGACAGCUGAGUCAUUGGAACGGAUUAAACUCGUUAUGUGAGUAAACAUAGUAAGCCUAUUUUGCAACUAUUCACUUGCAUCCAGCUUGCGAUUUGUGAAAAUCCAUGUCCAAAUAUGUUUAUACUGAUGUUAUAGUGUAUUAAAUUUAUUGUUAUAAUAAUAUAAUGAAAUUAAAUAAAUUAACCAUUAAACAAUUAGAAAAAUAAUUGGGUUAUCUCUUAUCGGGGUUUAAUGAAGAUUUAUAUGAUCUACUAACGCAGUAAAAUUUAUUUAGACGAAAUUCACUUUGAACUUAACACGGAAUAACUAAUCAUUAGCCAGUAGUCUUUCAGAGAAGCAGCUCGUGACAAUCGUCGCAAAUAGUGUAUAGACUGGACAGUUAAGUGCCAAUUUGAUUGAUAUGUUUUCAAUUGCUUUACUGUUAACAUAUCUAUUGCUUAAACAGUAUUUAAUUUUAUUUAGGGAAAUUUGGUUGCCCUAUAAGGGUUUGUGUAAUUGAUUUAAAAGAAAAAUAAUUUUGUCCACCAAUUACAGCACUGUUUCAAUCUGAUACUGCACUGCUGAAGGGUAUACUGAAAUGGAUUCUCUUGUAGAUGUGCCAACCAUGGAUUUGAGAUCGCACGUUUGCUACAGCAACCAACAGCAGGGUGUACCUAUUCGUUGCAUAUCGUUUACUUUUGACAAUUGAACUAAGUGCUCCUUAGUUAAACAAACUACCGAUAGAAUUGAUUUAUUGUUGAGAGCAAGUGUCCUAUCACAACCGCAACCAAUUUCGUUACUUUUGUGACAAGUACUGUUUAUGUAAGUUGAUGCUAUUAAAACCGUUGGUAGAAAAUUACCUUUAGAUUAUGAGCAACAACUAUUUUCUAUUAUAUAAUAUUCAAUCAAUUCAACAAUUCAUAUUCAAUUUAAAAUGUGGUUUAAAAAUAAUUUUUGAUGAACAUACGUACGUACAUAUUAGUAGUGUUUGCAAAUAGACAUCGUUUAUUUAUUCUAUACAUCUGUCAUAAUAUUGUAUAAACGUUUUGUUUAAAAAUUUAAAUUUCUUUUUAUAAAUGUUAAGAGUUAAUUGAUCGUAAACCAAUUUCUUGAGAUUGUUUGGUUAUGCUGGUAGAUUUGGUGUAUAGUUCAAAUUCGAAGUUUGUUUAUGCUCAUACCUCUAAGAACACUUGCACGGAGACCACAAACAUCAUUCUGAUAGCGGUUACGAGAUUGGUGAAUUCUAAAGAAACGUUGAAAGUUUCAAUCGCUGGGAUAGACAUUUUGGAUUGAGGUAAAGCUAGUUCAGCAAGCAAGACUUUUUGUAUGCAGAAAUCCAAAACUUAUAGAGCAUCUUGACGCUCAAUUUGAUUGUGCGAAAAACAUUUUGAGUAAGAAAAUAUGUUUUAUUGAACAUUAAAUUAAUAGAAGCACACCGUAACGGAUGUUUAGUGUUAAGAAUAUUAUUUGUGUUUUUUGCUUAAAGUAUAAACAACAUCAUGACCAGAAUGGUUGUAGAUAAACAGCUUUAUUAGGGUGUUUUGUCUUCAUAGUCAUUAAAACAGAGAAAAGUAAAACUGCUUGAAGCAUCAUUCAUACACCGCAAAACAAGCUUAAGCUCUAUUUAUGCUCCUGAAGUGUAGAAUGCAAGAGAUCUUACCCAUUCUUCCUGUUUUAGGAACCUUUCUCAAGCAAUUAGAAUUUGUUGGCAAAGUUUACAGUCAUUUGAUUAUUGGGCUUGGACUCUGCAUACCAGGAAAGGAGAUGCGAUUUAACAGUAUGUGGUGAAACUUUCCUAUAAUUUGUAUGAAUGCAAUUGUCAGAACGUAUGGGUGCAUACGGUUGGCUAAAAAUUAGUGACGUUAACAUGAACUUUGUUUCACUGCCUGGAAAAUAUUGUUUAGAGAAGAAAGUGUAGGAUAGAAAUACAACAACGAAAAACUAAUUACGUUUUGAUAAUGAAUCUUGUGACUUAAAGCGGUUCGUUUCCUAUAUCAUUGGUGUUUUUCUGUUUAAGUUUAAACAAAACGCUAUCCUCACUUAAAAAUCAACAUAAAUCAUUAUAUUUGCUAGUAUGCUCUUGUUUGCGGGCUACUUGUAAUUGUAAAUGUAUUUAAGUAGAAUGUUUAUUGAUACUCAAUGGUUUGUUUAAAUGGCUUAACAAUAGCUAACGUAAAGCAAAUAUUUUUAAAAACUAUCUUUAAAGCUAUGCAUACUCUACAUUUAAAACGUCCAGUGAAUAAACAGACUGCACAUAACCCAGAUCAAAACCGUACAAAAGGACAUAAAGAAACAAAAUAAGGAAAGUGAAAAUGAAGUACACUGAAAACAAAUAGCACAUGAGACUCACGUUUGCAAACAGUCAAGGGAGACGAGAUGAAGAGAGGCGACCUCCAAAAAUAAGAGCAGCGGUUACCAAAACUAUUUAAACACUCGUUUUUUGCGAUUUGAAGAAAAAUAUAAUAUAAAUAUAAUAUAUAAAACUAAUAUAAAACUAAUAUAAAAUAAUAUAAAAAACUAUAAUAUAAAUUUAACUUACUUUUGAAGCUAUUUGCAUAUGAAUAGCUAGAAGUACUCCGGUCCGGGCCGGUCUGGUGGUACAGUCGUCAACUUGUACGACUUAACAAAACAUGCCCGUCAUGAGUUCAAGUCUCGAAUAGUCCG